ACCAGCGACCAAAAAUCACCGCAGUAGCAGUUAAUAUAAUAUCAGUGAGUAAGUGUUAACACUCCUCUAUUACAAGUGAUUGCAUCUUAAUAUAAACUAUCAUAUACAAGCUGUUAAUAUCGGUUCAGGAAAACCUGAGAGCAGACAUUCGGACAGAAUACACAUCCUCUGUGGAGCCAUGGGAAGUCAUACACAGGAGAUAGUACAACUGCUGUGGUGCCUUUUACUUUUCAACAUUGACUACAUUCAUUGUGAAACACCAAAUGUCGUUAUCGUGGGUGCAGAUUGUAAUAAUAAUAAUGACUGCAAUAAAGUACUAACAUGUAUUGACCAAAAAUGUAAGUAUCCGUGUCCUGGCCCAUGCCAGGGCAAUACGACCUGCGAAGUCCACGAUCAUGUACCGUACUGUGCCUGCAAGCCUGGCUUCUCUGGCAACCCUUUCACUGGCUGUCAAGAGCAAGCGCCAACUCCUCAAAGUUGUUCUUUAUUAACAAACAGAAGACCUUCAGGAAAUAAGGUCUACAGAGUGGAAAACUUCAUAAAGGUUAACUUUUUCGCCGCAUUUCAUCACUGCAUGGCCCAUGGCGGAAGAUUGGCAUCUAUCGAGUCUGAAAAUGAUAAUACUCAGAUCAAAGCAGCAAUCAUGAAAUUAGGCAUACGGAACGGCGAAUUUUGGACAGCCGGGACUAACUUAGCGCAGGAUUACUGGUUCUGGAUGGUUUUCUGGGGAACCACUGCCACAGUACAGUGACUGGAAUCCCGGAGAGCCCAACCAUGGGCUGAAUGAGCACUGCAUAGUUUUUUACGAGUUUGAAAACAAAGGCUACAGGUGGAGUGACGAAAACUGUAUGACGAAAUUAUUCCCGAUAUGUGAAUAUUUUGAAUAGGUUUGUAUAUUUUUUUAAUAAAUUCAAUUGAAACUUC